AUGGCUACCUCUCUGCAACUCCUCACCGUUUUCACCUUCAUCUUCAUCUCCACCACCAUCACCACGACUGCCACGACAACCACCGCUCCAACCCCAUCUCAAGACCUCUUUUACCCACCUUCUUUCCUUCCCGCUGUCUUCUCUUCUCUUGGGUUCCAAGAACUGUCCACCGCUACUAACCUCUCUCUCAUCACCACCGCCACUCCCACCACCAUCUUCGCCCCCACUGACACGGCCCUCUUCACCUGCCGUUCUUGCUCGCUGCCUGUCCUCCUCCAAGAACACUCUGUCCCCGGACUCUACCCACUCCAUGCCCUACUCUCCUUAGCUUUCGGCACGAAAAUCGAAACCCUAGCCCCCAAUCGCUGCCUCACAGUCACCUCCACCUCCACCACAUCAUACGCCAUCAAGAAAGCCUUCAUCAACGGGGCUGAAAUCUUUCACCCAGACCUCUUCAACAAUGGCCACAUUAUCAUCCACGGCAUCGAAGGCUUUGUCUCUCACCUCUCUCCACUUUCUUGCAAUGUCGAACGAAUGACGUCUCUCUCAUUCCCUCAACAAUCCGCCACUCCAGACUUCUCCAUCAUGCGCUCCAUGCUAAAAGAUGCCAUGUUGAGACUGCGCAUCAGUGGGUAUAGCGUCGUCUCUCUUGCUCUGAGAGCCAAGUAUCAAGAACUGGUGAAACUUCGGUCCAUGACUGUUUUCGCUCUCGACGACACGGCGAUGUUCGCCGGAGGACACUCGUACUUACCGAAUUUCCGGUUCCACAUUGUACCGAACAGGUUGUUGAGGGCCGCUGAUUUGGUGAGUUUGCCGACGGAGACGAUUUUGCCGACUGUGGAAAGUGGCGAGAACUUGCUGGUUACCACCGGUGGCAGUGGAGAUCCAUUGGCUCCCAUGAGGAUCAACUACGUCAAGAUCCAGAGUCUUGAUUUGUUGUAUAACAACCGGAUUGUGGUUCAUGGACUAUCGUCUCCGUUCCCUCAUCUCCACCAUCCAUCGUCUGACAACGGUUUUGGCCAGACCGAAAGGACUGAAUCGGACGCUGGGGAAGGGGUUAGUGAAAUUGUGGCCCCACCGCCGAGAAUUGAAGAAUCGACGAUGGAGAUUGAAGAUCAACAUGCUCUUGGAGGAACGCCACCAAACUUGACGGAGAAUCAAAUGAUCGCGAGCAUUUCUUCCCAAAAGUCCAAGCCAAAAAAGCUUCGAUUGCCUUCUAUUGAAAGCAGGAUCGACGAAUCGAAUCGAAUCAAGUUCUUCUGA